AUAUGGGCUGGACUUGGGUUACAUGGGCUAACUCAAGCCUCACCUAACUAGAUCAUCGAUAGACACACACGUACUGAAAAUUUACCGGCAGCAUCUUCCGAGGAGAAUACGGCCAGUCCGCCACGGCGAAACAGUGACGACCAGCGGCAGAGAAAGCGGGCAAAUCUUGAACUCAUUCGACGGAUUAGUUGCAGCACUUGUUUCUCUCGCGCUGCAGAUCGGUGCCUGUCGGUCCUUUCUCGUUAAAUCAAGAGAGAAUAAGGAAUCGAAACAUUGACUGAAGCAAAAUCGAAUCUAAAGAUUCUAAACAGAGGAGGAGCUGCACUAAAUGUGCUCGACAAAACUCGUCCCUCAGUCUUGUCUCGAAUCAAAGCUGCAAUCCUUUUGAUGCUCUGCAAGAAGCAAGAUGGGACAAAGUCCGAUUUGAAGCUUCGAUUUGUCUCCGUUUGCACUUCGACAAGAGAGAUUCAGAUGCUCAUGUUCUAUGUUGCCUUCUUUUGCUAAAAUGCGCAUGCUAGAGUACGCAGCAGUGCUAAGAUGCGCACAUGGACUGGUCAGUGAAAGUAGGAACAGUGGAUAAGGGAGCAGACAAAGAAUGUUAUCAUGCUGAGGUUCAAGAAGACUUGUCGUGACCGCUGAGUAAUUUUUUAAUUUAAAUUCGUGUGCUAAAUUGUGCCACCUUGUUGGCAUUGGAUGCUUUGAACUUUGAGGUGGGUAUUGGAUUUCGAGCAAGGCUACACAAUGGGGUGUGAUGAAUAAUAGAUGAUGGAUUGUUUAGUCUUGCUUUGAGGGCCACAGCACCGAUCAGAGACAGACUUGAAUGUCUCUUGCCGCUUUUUCUCCUACUCGAUGAUUCCUCCUUUAUCUGCUUCUCUCUCUGUCUGUGUAUUUUGGCGUUUUUCUAGCCCUGAUUUUGCUUUUUGACAGAGAGAUUUUAGGCAUUUGUAUUUCAUGAAACGAUUAUCUUUGACUGCACAUGUGUCAGAGGCAGUGUUUUUCUACUUUUUAUAUUUUUCUCUGCGCUGAGGAUAUCAGAGGAAAAAGAGGACCCAUCUAGGAUUUUCUUCAUUUCUUUUCAUUCUUUAAUCACAGCUUUAUUUGCAAGUUGGACUCGAGAGUAGAAACUCUUCUUCUUCUUCUUCUUCCUUGAGGUCAUGAGGUGUAAAUGGGGACGCAUGUUAUGGAAGAUAAAUAAAAAAUAAUUUUAUUGGUUUCUCACUGUGAGUUCGAAACUCCAUUUUAACUGGACUCGAUCUGCAUUUUGGGUCUUUUUUUUUCUAUUUUUAAUUUUUUAUUGUUCUGAGUGUGAGCUGAAGUUAGAGACCGACACUCUUCUCUACUGGCUCCUUUACCGAAGAGAUGGGUUGUGUGGCUUCGAGGAUUGACAAGGAGGAAAGGGUGCAGAUAUGCAAGGAGAGAAAGAAGUUGAUGAAAAAAUUAGUGGGGUUGCGGGCACAAUUCGCUGCUGCUCAGAUCGCUUAUCUGCAAUCUCUGAAGAAUACAGGGAUAACACUGAGGCAAUUCACCGAAUCUGAGUUUCUGGAGCUUGAUAAUCCACCCUUUGGACUGGCAUUGCCUCCAUCACCUCCUCCCUUGCCCCCUUCGCCUCCACCUCCACCUUCGUAUAGCCCCGACGAAAGGAAUGCCAAAGAUCACAGGAAAGAGGAAUUCAUUCAAGAAGAAUGUAUCGAAAUAACUGAGGACAACAGCUGCACCACCCCGCCGCUGCCUGACGCUUUGAGCUCUUCUUGGGAUUUCUGGGAUCCUUUUGGCACUUCUUCUCCACCUCGGCAGAACAAAAGUGAGCGGGCCCAGCAGAUUGAGGAGGAAGUGUGGGCUGAGACUAAUACAGAAUUUGAAGAUGAAGAAGACGAAGGAGGAGGAGAGGAAGUUGUCGCUGAUGUUGUUCUGCAAUCGUUUCCUCAGAAGCCUCUGACGGUAGAAUUGCCAGACGAUAAUUCUUCCAGGAUAAGCUGGUAUACAAAGGACACUGGAGAGAUGUCCAUGGUGAUAUGGAGAAGCCAGAAGACCUUGGCGGGAAUUGUUAGGGAGCUGGAUGAUUAUUUCCUCAAAGCUUCCGCUGGGGGAAAGGAAAUAGCAGUUCUUCUGGAUAUCAACAGUGGUGACCCUCUUCACCAAAACUUUGGAGAAAAUAAUAGGAAGAGUUUCAAGUCUGCAAAAGUCUUUAGUGCAUUGUCAUGGAGUUGGUCUUCUAAAUCACUUCAGUCCAGCAGGGAUUCUAUUGAAAACCAUGGUUCCAGUGAACCUUGCAUGCCUGGUGCCCUUUGCAUCACACUGGAGAAACUAUAUACCGAAGAACAAAGGCUUUAUCAGGAAAUUAAGGAGGAAGAGAUGUUCAAACUGGAUUAUGAGAAGAAAAUUUUGUUGCUACAGAAACAAGAAGAUGAGGAUCAAGACUGGAUGAAGAUUGAGAAGAUCCGCUCAAGUAUUGAGAGUUUGCAGUCCAACAUCUUGUGUUUGCAACAAUCAAUAAGUAGGAUUUGCUCAUCUAUAUUGCAUAUCAGAGACAAGGAGCUCCAUCCUCAACUGGUUGACUUAUCUGCUGGGCUUAUGCGCAUGUGGAGAACAAUGUAUGAGUGUCAUCAGGUUCAGAACCAUAUUGUCCAGCAAGUUAACCACGUCAUAGACCAUCCAAGCAUGGAGACCACCACUGAAUACCAUCGCCAAGCCACUAUCCAGCUUGAAGCAGAGGUUAAUGCAUGGUACAACAGCUUCUGCAACCUUCUAAAGUCCCAGCGAGAUUUUGUAAGAGCACUUAACAUGUGGAUCCAACUCACUGACAGUCUUUUGGAUGACCAACAACAGUAUGACUGCUCAUCAGGUGUUUAUGCUCUCUGUGAAGAAUGGCAGCUUGCCCUCGACAGGUUACCUGAGAAGGUAGCCUCUGACGCCAUUAAGAGCCUUCUGUCAAUCAUCCACUCCAUAGUCUUGCAGCAGAAUGAAGAAAGCAACUUGCAAAAAAAGUAUGAUAGGCUUGAGAGAAGAUUGCAGAAGGAAUUGAACACACUGGAUGACAUGGAAAAGAAGCUUGAGGGGAUUUCCACUGAUGAUGCAGUUUCUAGCUUGGCAACCAAGCAUCCUUUAUCAGUCAAGCGUGCCAAAACUGAGUCCCUCAGGAGGCGGGUAGAGGAUGAGAAGGCCAAGUAUUUGAUCUCAGCCCAGGCCAGCCGAGCCAUGACUCUAAACAACCUACAAACGAGCCUUCCUAAUGUUUUCCAGGCAUUAACUGGAUUCUCAAGUGUGUGUGCUCAAGCAUUUGAGGCUGUCCAUAGCAGCACCCAAUCAACAGUUUGUUGUGAUGGUGAAUUGUGAUGAUAGCCGAGGAUUGUAGAGCCUCUUAGCUUUCAGAUCCAGAAACCAGAGAUCUCAAGUUGGUUAUACAUUGUAGGCUCUUAUAUAGUCACCGUUUGGAAAGUUCAAUGGAAUUUAUGCUUUAUGGUUAUAGCCAAGAACUAAAGGUUGGAGGUUAUAGGCAAUAACUAAAGGUUGGAGGUUGAUUUGGGAACAUGCUAUAACCGAUUGAGAUACUGGUCAGCUGGAACACCUAUGCAGAAUAACAGAAGAAAUACCCAUCAAGACAAAGAAAAGGGGGAAAUAUAGUAGAAAGAACAACAGGUGCACUUGUCCUGAAUUUGGGGAGAUCCAGUAUGAAGCCAGAUAAAGUGAAGCUUGUUAGAGGUGAACCUAGAGCCAUCCUAAUCUGAAGUUCUAGAUGAGAAAGGGUCCUCAGAUGACAAAAAUGAUAGAAUAUUGUCAAAGGCUGCUGGGUUGACAUUGUAUCAAUUCUUUAAUCAUUACUUAAUCUAUAUCCACACAUUUUGCCUUAGUGGCAUACAUACAUGCAUGUUAUAUGUAGCAUUACAGUCUCCAACCUUAGGGUUUCA